AUGCUGUGGGACUACAUCGUUGUUGGUGGUGGCCUGGCCGGUUCAGUUGUCUCGAACCGCCUGUUGGGUCUGAACAACAGCCCCAACAUUCUGGUCAUCGAAGCUGGCCCCAAUGCCAACGAUCGGCAGGACAUCGUCUGGCCAAAUGGCACUGGUGGUGCAGACCUUCGAUGGAACGUUCCUACCGCGCCGCAAGUCAACCUCAACAACCGGACCCUCGACAUCUUUCUAGGCACCGGUUUGGGAGGCGGCACUUUGAUCAAUGCUGGAAACUGGGUUCGAGGCGAGAAGGCCGACUACGACGAAUGGGGAGCUACGGUUGGCGAUGACCGCUGGUCAUAUGCCGGUCAGCUUCCCUUCAUGAGGCAGUCCGAAGUCUUCCAACACCCCGACCGGAACCAGGAACAACACGGCUACAUUGGCGACGUCUUUGCUCAAACGGUCACGUCGACAAGCAGACCCUUCCCUCUUCGCGAAUACGUGCUCCAGUCGUGGAAUGAGAUUGGAGUACCUACCCUGCCGGGGCUUGAUGGCAACGCAGGCAAUCCUCUUGGCGUUGGUGACUUUUCCGAGAACAAGCACAACGGUCGAAGAAAGAUCGCUUCAAUGAUCUAUCCGCUCGAUGGCAUUACUGUGCUCGCUGAUACUCUAGUCGAGAAAGUGCUUGUCUCUACGAAUGGAACAAUACAUACAUCCGGAGUUCAGCUUGCAAAUGGCACGCAGAUUAUCAGCCGACGAGUCAUCCUAUCAGCCGGCGCCCUUCGAACGCCUCAGAUCCUCAUGCUCUCCGGCAUUGGUCCUCGUGAUGAGUUAGAGCGCCAUGGUAUCGAGAUUAAGGUCGAAUCGCCUGAAGCCAUCAGGAACCCAAAGGAAGGCUGGAUCCCAGGUUCCGGAAACCCACUCUUCGACCAGGAGCAGUAUGGAUGGGGCAAGCCGCAGGAUUUCAUGGUGUCCACAUCCGUCGAUGCACAGGGCUUGGCUGCAGCGAUCGAAGCCGACGAGGGCGUGGCGCCGGAUCUGAGCACGCAUCGUUUGCUUCAGCAGAAUCGUACUCUCUUGGAGCAUGUGUUCCAGUACUUCAGCUACGGAGGUGGUGCAAGUGGAAGCACCGUCAGCUUCACGUCUAUCCUCUUUCUCUCGACCUCUCGGGGAACCGUUACUCUUGCCUCCACCAACGCGAGGGACUUCCCGGUCGUCGAUCCCAACUACUUCGGUACCAACUUUGACCGAUACGCGCACCGAGAGGCUCAGCGCCUGCACGAGAUCCUUGGAGGUGAGAUCAUUUCUGAGGGGCAGGAUGCUCUUACAGAAGGGAUCCUGGACGAUGCCCUGAACAAUCGUCUUCGCGCGUCUGUCCGAUCUGCCUUUCAUCCCUCUGGCACCGCGUCUAUGGGAAAGGUUGUGGACAAUGACCUGAAGGUGAAGGGACUCGAUAACCUGUUCGUGGUGGACACUUCAGUGUUCCCUGUCCCGAUCGCUGCCCACUUGCAGGUUGCGACUUACGCCCUCGCUGAGCAAGCUGCAACCAUCAUCCCUCAGAUUUAG